UCAUGUUUUCAUAGUUCUGUCUGAUGGACCUUAGUCUGGACCUCAGGUCCACUGAUUUUAACAAAAUGGUAUAUGGUGCAAUCGGAAAGUAUUCAGACCCCUUGACUUUUUUCACAUUUUGUUACGUUACAGCCUUGCUCUAAAAUUGAUUAAAUUAUUUUUUUCUCAUCCAUCUACACACAGUACCCCAUAAUGACAAACUAAAAACAGGUUUUAGGAAAUGUUGCAAAUGUAUUAAAUAUUUACGUAAGUAUUCAGACCCUUUGAUAUCAUACUUGAAAUUGAUCUCAGGUGCAUCCUUUUUCCAUUGAUCAUCCUUGAGAUGUUUCUACAACUUGAUUGGAGUCCACCUGUGGUAGAUUUGAUUGAUUGGACAUGAUUUGGAAUGACACCCUCCUGUCUAUAUAAAGUCCCACAGUUGACAGCGCAUGUCAGAGCAAAAACCAAGCUAUGAAGUCAAAGGAAUUGUCUGUAGAGUUCCGAGACAGGAUUGUGUUGAGGCACAGAUCUGGGGAAGAGUACCAAAAAAUGUCCGCAGCAUUGAAGGUCCCCAAGAACACAGUGCCUGAAUGGUGGAGUGCUACAGAGAUGGUUGUCCAUCAUUCUUUAAAUGGAAGAAGUUUGGAACCACUAAGACUCUUCCUAUAGAUGGCCGCCCGGACAAAAUUAGCAAUUGGGGGAGAAGGUCCUUUGUCAAGGAGGUGACCAAGAACCCGAUGGUCACUCUGACAGAGCUCCAGAAGGACAACCAUCUCUGCAGCACUCCACCAUUCAGGCCUUUAUGCUAGAGUGCCCAGACAAAAGCCACUCCUCAGUAAAAGGCACAUGACAGCCCGCUUGGAGUUUACCAAAAGGCACCUAAAGGACUCUCAGACAAUGAGAAACAAGAUUCUCUGGUCUGAUGAAACCAAGAUUGAACUCUUUGGCCUGAAUGCCAAGCGUCACGUCUGGAGGAAACCAGGCACUGCUCAUCACCUGGCCAAUACCAUCCCUACGGUGAAGCAUGGUGGUCGCAGCAUCAUGCUGUGGGGAUGUUUUUCCAGUGGCAGGGACUGGGAGACUAGUCAGGAUCGAGGGAAAGAUGAACGGAGCGAAGUACAGAAAGAUCCUUGAUGAAAACGUGCUCCAGAGCGACGACCUCAGACUGGGGUGAAGGUUCACCUUCCAACAGGACAACAACCCAAAGCACACAGCCAAGACAAUGCAGGAGUGGCUUCGGAACAAGUCUCUGAGUGACCCUGCCAGAGCCUGGUCUUGAACCUGAUCAAACAUCCCUGUAGAGACCUGAGAAUAGCUGUGCAGCAACACUCCCUGUCCAACCUGACAGAGCUUGAGAGGAUCUGCAGAGAAGAAUGGGAGAAACUCCCCAAAUACAGGUGUGCCAAGCUUGUAGCGUCAUACCCAAGAAGACUAGAGGCUAUAAUUGCUGCCAAUGGUGCUUCAACAAAGUACUGAGUAAAGGGUCAGUACCUGUUUUUGCUUUGUGAUUAUGGGCUAUUGUGUGCAGGUGGAUAUUUUUUAACUUUUUUUAUCCAAUUUUUAGAAUGUAAUGUAAUAAAAUGCAAAAAGUGAAGGGUCUGAAUACCUUCCGAAUGCGCUGUAUCAGAGUAUUCUGCUAUGUGUGAUGUUUACUUAAUGAUAAAUGAAGGUCAUUCAAUAGAUUUGUUUGAGCAGUUGAACAACACAUGACAAUGGUCUCUCCUAGAAAAUUGAAUGCAAGCUGUGGUAAGAUAAUACAAACAGUACUGCAGAAAGGGUAGAUCAAAAGCUUAGGGACCUGUGAAUCCUCUACAAACAGUGUGUUACUGCUAAGAGAGCGACUUUGCGUGUGCGUUUCUAUCCAGUGGAAGAGGGAUUUUGCUUGUCAAACACUGGGCCACCUUGUUCUCUCACACCACCUCCAAGUCCUAUUACACAAUCCUCUCUCACUCUCACCAGCAAGAACAGAUGCUUCUGCUUGCAUGCAAACUCUCUCUCUCUUCUCUCUCUCUAGACCUUUUCUCACUCACUCGGUCACUCACUUUCACAUGGGCGCACACACACAAUGUACCACAUUUAUUUCCAGACAGCUUUUUUCUGCACUUUUUGUCUGCACCUUCUGCAUUGGUAUUCUGCCUCCGCAAGCAGCAGCACACACACACACACACACACACACACACACACACACACACACACACACACACACACACACACACACACACACACCGUGUCGGCUCAGACACUCAGGGGGCUCCUUACAUAACGUCUGGGUGUGGGGGUGCCCGGUGAGGGAGGGGAGACAGACGUGCUGUCUGCUCUGCUCUUUUGUUAUAUGCUGCUGGAUGGAGUGAGUCACCAGAGGGAAGGAGAGGUGCGGAGGCACGGGGGGGCGGUUCAGAGGAGCUACUUCCCAUUGACAUGCGGACCGCGCUGCAGCAGUUAACUCUCUCAGGGCUGUCCUAUUAUCUGUCUGCAUCAUCCACACAGUGCAGUCCAAACCUCAUGCACUGUCUCAUUGUUAUUACACGGAGAUGGAUACAGUGUACUCCCAGAGGAAGCGUCAGGCUGCAGAGAAGAUAGCCUACACCCUGGUGUCUGUGCCCCAUGGCAACGACAUCGCCUCUCUGUUUGAGUUGGACGCCACCACGCUGCAGAGGGCUGACUGUCUGGUGCCCAGGAACUCGUACGUACGGCUGAGGCACCUGUGUACCAACACCUGGGUGACUAGCACCAACUUUCCCAUCGACACUGAGGAGGAGCGCCCCGUCAUGCUCAAGAUUGGCACGUGUCGUACGAAGGAGGACAAGGAGGCAUUUGCCAUUGUCUCUGUGCCCCUGUCUGAGGUCCGAGACCUGGACUUUGCUAACGAUGCCAACAAGGUCCUGGAGUCGACCGUGAGGCAGCUGCAGUGUGGCAACAUUGCUCAGAACGAUAGGAGGUUUGUGACCAAGCUGUUGGAGGACUUGAUCUUCUUUGUGUGCGAGGUCCCCAACAACGGACAGGACGUACUGUCUGUGGUCCUCUCCAACCCGAACAGAGAGCGGCAGAAACUGAUGAGGGAACAGAACAUUCUAGCCCAGAUUUUUGGUAUUCUGAAGGCCCCGUUCACAGACCAGGGGGAGGGUCCCAUGCUGAAGCUGGAGGACUUGGGGGACCAGCGCUACGCUCCCUUUAAGUACAUGCUGCGGCUGUGCUACCGGGUGCUGCGCCACUCCCAACAGGACUACCGCAAGAACCAGGAGUACAUAGCCAAGAAGUUCUCCAUCAUGCAGUCUCAGAUCGGUUAUGAGAUCCUGGCGGAGGACACCAUCACUGCCCUGCUCCACAACAACCGCAAGCUGCUGGAGAAACACAUCACAGCCAAGGAGAUCGAGACCUUCGUCAAUCUGCUGCGUCGCAACCGAGAGCCCAGGUUUCUGGACUACCUGUCAGACCUGUGCGUGUCCAAUAAGACGGCCAUCCCAGUGACACAGGAGCUCAUCUGUAAAUUCAUUCUGAACCCCGCCAACGCUGAAAUCCUCAUCCAGACCAAGCUCAUCCCCAGCAUGGAGACUACCUUGCAGUCGUCCAUGCUGCAGGAGGACACCGAGGAGGACGAGGAGGUGUGGCUCUACUGGAUUGACAGCCACAAGGAGCCACACGGCAAGUCCAUCCGCCACCUGGCCCAGGAUGCCAAGGGCAACCACAAGCUGGACAACGACGUCAUCACCUACUACAGAUACCAGCUCAACCUGUUUGCCAAGAUGUGUCUGGACCGCCAGUACCUGGCCAUCAACCAGGUGUCCAGCCAGCUGCCCGUGGACUUGAUCCUACGAUGCAUGUUUGACGACUGCCUGCCCUACAACCUGCGCGCCUCCUUUUGCCGCCUCAUGCUGCACAUGCACGUGGACCGCGAGCCCCAGGAGGCAGUGGUGGCCGUGCGCUACGCCCGCCUCUGGACCGAGAUCCCCUCCAAGAUCACCAUCCACGAGUAUGAGUACGAGUUCACUGACACCUCCAGAGAGGAGAUGAAGAGGAAGUUUGCCCCCACCAUGGAGUUUGUAGAGGAAUACCUCAAAGACGUGGUCAGCCAACCCUUUCCCUUUGGAGACGAAGAGAAGAAUGAACUGACUCUGGAGGUGGUGCACCUGGCCCGUAACCUGGUUUAUUUUGGCUUCUACAGUUUCAGUGAGCUGCUGCGUCUCACCCGCACCCUGCUGGCCAUCCUGGACUUUGUCCAGCACCCGCUUACCGACAUGGCCGAGCUCAGCAAGAGUCCCGAGGCAGGGAACAACGUGUUUCGUACCAUCCACGGUGUGGGAGAGAUGAUGACUCAGAUGGUGCUGAGUCGAGGGCACGUCCAGCCUCACCACCUCCCGAACACGCCCCCGUCCCUUCAGGACAGAAAACAACCACUCUGUCUGACAGACAACGAGGAUGUCAUGGUCAUGGACACCAAGCUCAAAAUCAUAGAGAUUUUACAGUUUAUUCUGAGUGUGCGACUGGACUAUAGGAUCACCUACCUGCUGUCCAUCUAUAAGAAAGAGUUUGGGGACAGUAAUCUACCGGACAGCUCUAUAUCAUUGUCUGAAUUUCCCUCCAUGUCAGUUUCAGAUCCAGACAUUGAUGAAAUUGCAGCCAAAGCAGAGACAAUGUUUGCUGGAAGUUCAGAGUGUAGUGCUGUGGAGCUGGAUGACGAGGGAGGCAGGACCUUCCUGAGGGUACUGAUCCAUCUCAUCAUGCAGGACUACACUCCGCUGGUGUCCGGCUCGCUGCAGCUCAUGUUCAAACACUUCAGCCAGAGAGCCGAGGUCCUACAGGCCUUCAAACAGGUGCAGUUGCUGGUGUCGGAGCAGGAUGUGGAGAACUACAAGCAGAUCAAGACUAACCUGGACCAGCUCAGGCUGGCGGUAGAGAAGUCUGAACUGUGGGUGGAGAAGAGUGGAGGCUACGGCAGUGAGGACAUAGGAGACAGCCAGGUCAAGGAGCAGACCAUGGAGGAGGCAGGCAUCCUGAGUCCAGUACAGGAUGGGGACGUGAAGCCCCAUAUAGACAGCAACAAAGCUAACAACUACAACAUCGUCAAAGAGAUCCUGCUGCGGCUCAGUAAGCUGUGUUACCCCAGUAAGAAGAGUUGUGUGCAGCAGCAGAGGCUACUGAAGAACAUGGGGGCUCACUCUGUGGUGCUGGACCUGCUCCAGAUACCUUAUGAGAAGAGUGAUGAGAAGAUGAAUGAGAUCAUGACACUGGCCCAUGUUUUCCUGCAGUACUUCUGUAGAGGCAACAGCCAGAACCAGGCUCUGCUCCACAAAUACCUCAACCUGUUCCUUACACCAGGGCUCCUGGAGGCUGAGACCAUGCGCCACAUCUUCAUGAACAACUUCCACCUGUGCAACGAGAUCAGCGACCGCGUGGUCCACCAUUUUGUCCACUGCAUCGAGACGCACGGCCGACACGUCCAGUACCUCAAGUUCCUCCUGACCAUCGUCAAGGCCGACGGGAAGUACGUGAAAAAGUGCCAGGACAAGGUCAUGACCGAGCUGGUGAACGGUGGCGAGGACGUUCUGGUGUUCUACAACGACCGCUCCUCCUUCCCGGUGCUGUUCCAGAUGAUGUGCUGCGAGCUGGAGCGUAGGGACGAGGGCGGUGCCCUGGCCUACCACAACACUCUGGUAGAGCUUCUCGCUGUCUGCACCGAGGGCAAGAACGUAUACACCGAGCUGAAAUGUAACUCCCUGCUGCCCCUCGACGACAUUGUCAAAGUGGUCACCCACGAAGACUGCAUCCCUGAGGUGAAGACGGCCUACGUGAACUUUGUGAACCACUGCUACGUGGACACGGAGGUGGAGAUGAAGGAGAUCUACACCAGCCACCACAUCUGGAAGCUCUUUGAGAACUUCCUGGUGGACAUGGCACGGGUGUGCAACAGCACCACGGACCGUAACCAUGCCAACGUUCCCCUGGAGAGGUACGUGACGGAGACGGUCAUGGCCAUCGUCAAGGGCUUCUUUAGCUCCCAGUUCCCUGUCAACAACUCCAACCUGCAGACCCACCAGCCCAUCUUCAUCCAGUUGCUCCAGUCCUCCUUCAGGAUCUAUAACUGCACCUGGAUCAGCUCGGCCCAGAAGAACAACAUCGAGGGCUGCAUCAAAACACUGGCUGACGUGGCCAAGGCGCGUGCCAUAGCCAUCCCGGUGGAUCUGGACAGCCAGGUGAACACUCUGUCUCUGAAGGCCCACACCUACAGAGUGGAGCGUGCCGUCAAGGACUGGAGGACCUCAGCACGCACCCGGCUCCGCAAGGAGAUUCUGGGAGUGCCUGACUACAAGAGCAUCAUCGAGAAGCUGCAGGGUGUGGUGGCGUGUCUAGAGGAGCAGUUCAGUCCUAUGGUUCAGGCUGAGUUCUCUGUGUUGGUGGAUGUACUACACAGCCCUGAGCUGCUGUUCCCAGAGGCUGCCAGACUGCGCUGUGAGAGCGGGGCCUUCAUGUCCAAACUGAUCAAACACACCAAGAAGCUGAUGGACAAGGAGGAAAAGCUGUGCAUUAAGAUCCUGCAGACACUCCGAGAGAUGCUGGACAAGAAGGAGGCCUUUGAUGAGCCUGGAAACGUGUUAAGGAAGAUUCUCCUCACUCGCUACUUUGGAAAUCAAAGGCUUCACUCCAAAUCAGAGUUUGGGAGCGGGAACAGCGCAGCUGGAGGUGGCUCUUUGGUGCAGGACUCUGACAAGUUGAGCAGCAGCAUGGUAGAUAUCCAGUGUCUGCUGGACAGUGAGGGAGCUUCAGAGCUGGUCAUAGACCUUAUUGUCAGCACCAAGAACGACCGCAUGUUCGAGGAGAGCAUCCUGCUAGGCAACGCCCUGCUCCAGGGGGGAAACACUCAGAUACAGAACUCAUUCUACCACCAGCUGCACAAGCAGAAGAAGUCGGAGCACUUCUUCAAGGUGUUCUACGACCGCAUGCGUCUGGCCCAGCAGGAGAUCCGGGCCACUGUGUCCGUCAACAUGUUCGAGGUCGGCACCUGCAGGAAGAGAGACGAGGACGUCGACGUUAGUCACAGUGGCGUCCGUCUCAGGAAAACACCAAAAGACUCUUCCCUGCACAUGAUAGACAACAUGCGUGGCCAGUUGAAGGAGGCGUCCUCGGCCACCUCCAAGGCCUUUGUCUCCUUCCGGAAGGAGCGGGACACGGACCUGGAGGGCCAGGCCGGUGAAGGGCCCGGGGGAGGGGCCGAGGAGAGGGAGGAGGAGGCCCAGAUGAGCCGGGCAAUUACCAUCAUGAAGCCUAUCCUGCGCUACCUGCAGCUGCUCUGUGAGAACCACAACAGGGACCUGCAGAACUUCCUGCGGAACCAGAACAACAAGACCAACUACAACCUGGUGUGUGAGACGCUGCAGUUCCUGGACAUCCUGUGUGGCAGCACCACUGGGGGCCUGGGCCUGCUGGGCCUCUACAUCAACGAGGGCAACGUGGACUUAGUCCGGCAGACCCUGGAGACCAUCACAGAGUACUGCCAAGGACCCUGCCACGAGAACCAGUCCUGUAUAGCCAAGCAUGAGUCCAACGGCAUCGACAUCAUCAUAGCUCUAAUAGUCAACCCCGUCAACCCUUUAGGGAAGCAUCGACUGGACCUGGUACUGGAACUCAAGAACAACGCCUCCAAGCUGCUGCUGGCAAUCAUGGAGAGUCGCCAUGACAGCGAGAACGCUGAGAAGAUCCUUUACAAGAUGAGGCCCAUGGAGCUGGUGGAUGUGAUGAAGGAGGCAUAUGCCCAGGGGCUGGAAAGUGAGGCUGAGGAGAACGCUAUAGGAGACCAGAUCAAACCUAAAGACGUAGGACACAACAUCUACAUCCUGGCCCACCAGCUGGCCAGACACAGUAAGUUCUUGCAGCAGAGCUUGAGGCCGCCAGCGACUGGGCUAUUGCUGAGCCAUAAAAUAGAGGGAGAAGACGCCCUCGGUUACUAUGCCAACCACACCGCUCAGAUAGAGAUUGUGCGUCACGACCGCACAAUGGAGCAAAUAGUGUUCCCAGUGCCCAACAUCUGUGAGUACCUGACAGAGGAGUCCAAGACGCGCGUGUUCACCACCACCGAGAGGGACGACCAAGGCAGCAAGGUCAAUGACUUCUUCACGCAGUUCGACGACCUCUACAACGAGAUGCGCUGGCAAAAGAAGAUACGCAAUAACCUUGCUCUGUUCUGGUUCUCUCGGCACAUCUCUCUGUGGGGAAGCAUCUCUUUCUACCUGGCAGUGCUGGUCAAUGUGGCCGUGGCUCUCUUCUACCCCUUCGGUGACGACGAAGAUGAAGGCAUCCUGCCCCCCUUUGUAUCCAUCCUGCUGUGGGUGGCGUUGGUGGUGUGUACCACCAUGCUCUUCAUCCUUCCCAAACCAGGGAGUGUCCGGCCCUUCCUAGUCUCUGUCAUAAUGCGCUCCAUCUACACACUGGGCCUGGACCCCACCCUGCUGCUACUGGGCGCCGCCAACCUCCUCAAUAAGAUUGUGUUCCUGGUGAGCUUCGUGGGCAACCAGGGGACGUUCACGCGGGGCUACAAGCCGGUGGUCAUGGACAUGCCCUUCCUCUACCACGUGGGCUAUGUCAUCGUCUGUAUGCUGGGCCUCUUCGUCCACGAGUUCUUCUACAGCUUCCUGCUCUUUGACCUGCUGAACCGCGAGGAGACCCUGCUGAAUGUGGUCAAGAGUGUGACACGUAAUGGGCGCUCCAUCGUCCUCACGGCUGUACUGGCCCUCAUCCUGGUCUACCUCUUCUCCAUCGUGGGCUUCCUCUUCCUCAAGGACGACUUCCGCAUGGACGUGCAACGUCUGCCAGUGAUGGCGGGGGAGGACGAUGGGACAGAGCGUGUGUGUGACACUCUGCUGAUGUGUAUCGUGACGGUGCUGAACCAGGGCCUGAGGAACGGAGGGGGAGUGGGAGACGUGCUGAGGAAACCUUCCAAAGACGAUCCUCUGUUUGUGGCCCGUGUGGUGUAUGACCUGCUGUUCUUCUUCAUCGUCAUCAUCAUCGUCCUCAACCUCAUCUUCGGCGUCAUCAUCGAUACGUUCGCUGACCUGAGGAGCGAGAAGCAGAGGAAGGAGGAGAUACUGAAGACCACCUGCUUCAUCUGUGGGUUGGAGAGGGAUAAGUUUGACAACAAGACGGUGUCCUUUGAGGAGCACAUCACGUCGGAACACAACAUGUGGCACUAUCUGUACUUCCUGGUUCUGGUGAGGGUGAAGGACCCCACAGAGUACACCGGCCCAGAAAGCUACGUGGCCCAGAUGAUCAAGGAGAAGAACCUGGACUGGUUCCCCCGGAUGCGGGCCAUGUCUCUGGUGAGCAGCGAGGGGGAGAGUGAGCAGAACGAGAUGCGCUCCCUACAGGAGAAACUGGAUGGCACCGUCAAACUAGUGUCCCUGCUGUCUUCCCAGCUGUUCGAGCUAAAGGAGAAGAUGACAGAGCAAAGGAAAAAUAAACAGAGGCUGGGCUUCCUGGGGACUCAUGGAGUCAACAACCACCAUAUCCCAGCACACUGAGGGGCCCGGAGCCCCCUUAUCACAGAGAACUCUGCUGGAGGUACACACAGUAACCACACUAACACACACACACACACACACACACACACACACACACACACACACACACACACACACACACACACACACACACACACACACACACACACACACACACACACACACAAUGUUAUCCGUUUUAUGGAGCCUUUACUCAAACAGUGCCUUGUAUUCAAAGCAAUCAGUGCCUCGUUCUUAGACUGAUUCCUCAGACGACUCACCCAGCAUCACCCUCCCACAUAGAACAGUACAGUGAUUUGUGCCUUUAGAACAACACAAGCUGCACAGUCAUUCUGAUCAUCCCAUAUAAGUCCUUCUGCUCUAUGAGUGAGACUGAAUGAGAUGCAAGGCAUGCGUCACUAUGCCAGGCUGCAGCAGACUGACUGCAGCCUGGAGGUCAAGGAAGAGGGUUAAAGGUUAAGUACUGUGGCCCUGUGGGCAGCUACACUCUUCCUUCAGGAUUCUCAGUGCACUGUGUCUGUCUGACAGAUGAAGACAGAGACUGGGCUGUACCCAGGUCAGGUAUUGGUACAUUGGGUGGUUGGUGUAGUUUAGCUCUGUUUAGACGUUGGAGGGGUUGCUCCUUGUAUUAUUGAUAAGCCCUUUUGGGAAAGGGUAUACAUGUAAUUUUAAGGUAAAGUAUUUUCUUCCUAGCCUGGUCCCAGAUCUGUUUGUGCGGUCUUGCCAACUCCUAUGACAAUGAUAAUACGAGUUGGCAAGACCGCAUAAACAGAUCUGGGACCAGACUAUCUAUUCUCUUUUGUUUUGUUUUAAUAUGACCUGUUAACUCAUGAAUGUAACUGGAGAAUAAAACUUUCGUUUUUUUUUUUACUGUGGAAUAGAAAAUAGAAAAUACUUUUUGGUGACACUUUACUUCAACUAGCCGCAAUAAUGCUUCAUAGCUGUGUCAUAAACAUGUAGCAAAGAUUCAAUGCAUAUGUCAUUUCUAAAGGAUAUACUAUGACAAUGUUAGGACACAUAUAUUUACAUAUUGCAGUAGUUAGCCUCCUACUGUGAAGCUUCAAGACAUGUUAAAGACGUUGUUGCGAAGCGUUACGGCGCUGAGUUCAAGUAAAGUAUUACCGCCUUUCCUCUCAAAGAAGUGUCAUCCAUGAUAAUGCAAUCGCUGCACUUCAUUACGUGCCUUUCUACAAAUGUCGUACAUAGUCUAGAAAUAACGCAGUGAAAAAAUGUAUAUGAAGAUAAUCUGAUUAUCUGUGUGGAAUUUACUUGAAAGUCCUUGUGAUUCAAAGUCUUAUAUUGGUACAGAAUGUAUUCACCACUGUCUAAAGAUAAUGUGCUUGUGUACAAUACAGUAGAUAGGUCGUUCCACGAAAUGAGUCCCUUUUGGGUAGUAUAACUUGCUGAAAAAAAACAUUCUGUCAUGAAGAGUACAUGUUCAACUUAAUUAAAAAACAUGUUUUCCCAUUUCUAAGGUUACAUUUUUAAAAAAUGACUGUGGUGGGUGCCUAGUAAGUACCAAAUAAAAUAGCAGGGUUGGCCGUAACAGGGUUGACCGUAGCAGGGUUGGCUGUAACCGGGUGAUUUCGUCUUAAAUCAGGCAUAAAUCCCUUUGUUACAGGGGGAAUGGAAGCUUGUUGUAUGCAUCAGGGAGUGGCAAUUGAAUGCAAGCUUCACAAAUGUUUUUUAAUUGUUUAAACAUUUCUAUCCUGUCUAUCUAUGGGUAACAGGGUUGAUGUGUUCUGCACGACCCACUCAGUUUUCCACCACAAAACAGCAGAAAAUGAUCAAAAGAGUAAAAGCAGCUCACCUGCUUUGACACUAUGAUCUGACUAGUAGAUGUUGAAAGUUCCUUUUGAAAAAAUGAUUCAAAUCAUAUUAUCAUAUUAAAAUGAGAGUUCAGUUCACGUAACGGGGUUGACCUUUAAAAUGAGGGACAGGGUUUUUUACCUUUAAAAUGAACCACGAAUUGCCUGAAAUAAACAAUUUUCAGAAAGGACUGUGAAAGCAAAAAAAUAUCUAGGGCUUUAGAAUGAUGGAGACAACUUGGAGACAUUUUGGGAUCAAGUGGGUUAAAAUCUUCCUAGAAGUCACAGAGGGUACAUGUCAAAAUGCUGAAUUUAUUCAUAUAAAUUGUUUUUUAUUGAAUUAUCCAUGUGGUCUAUAUUAAAUGGCACUUCAUUUAAUAUAGAAUUUAAAUUCAAAAUUGGUUCACAAUUUCUAUUAAGGGAUGAAAAAGGGACUCAUUUCAUGGAAUGACCCAGAAACAGUCACUCAUGUUGAUAAAGAUGUUGCAUAAUACUGUAGUCAUGGGUAUUUCCCAAAUGGCCCCCUAUUCCAUAUGGCCCGGGACAUAACCAUGGGACUCAAUCUCAUACUGUAUUCAUUCUCUGUUUUUUUGUACUCAGCCAUGUAAAGUCAUCUCACUCAGUCAAAUGGAAUGCAAUUCAAUAUAUGUGUAAAAGUUUUAAUGUCACACAAUAACAGUAUGUAUGCACUCCAGAGUGGAAUGCCCUUUGACAGUUUUCUCUAAACAGAUUGUGUAUUUAAUGUUGUUGAGCUGUUAUAAUGUAAUAAAUCUAUGAUAAGAUAAGAA